AUGAUGCUCUGUUCCAUGGAGAAACUUGAUGCAAUGAUGGGGUUUUGGGGUUUCUCAUUUUCAAAUUGGGUUUUAUUAAAAAUUGGGGAUAAAAGGAUCUGGGUGAUUUGUUGGAGAAAUCUUGAGGGAAGUUCUGGAGAUAACUCACCCCAGUUGGACCGGGUUCCGUCUUCGUCGUUGAUGGACCGGAUUAGGUCUUUUAGUUUUCGUAGAACAGAAAGUGAAAGAUCCGAGCCGGUCCAAAAUUCUGAGUCUGGAAUGAAUCUGGUACGAACUCCAUCUUUGUUGGAGCACGUUAGGCGUUUUAGUCCGUAUUUAGGUAAAGUGCAGAAGGAAAGUUGUGACUUGGUUGAGCAGCAAUUAAGCCGUGCUCCUUUCUUCCUGCAGCGGCUUAAGUCCUUGACCUUUGACAGAUCGGAGUCCGAAGCUGAGGUGAGGGAUGGUGGGGAGUUCGUGGAGGAAAGGGAAGAAGAGGAAGGGGUGGACGCUAAGGCUGAUGAUUUCAUCAACAGGUUUAGGCAGCAACUCAGGUUGCAGAGGCUUGACUCUAUUCUACGAUGCAGGGAUAUGCUCACACGAAACUCAUAAUAACACUUGAAUUUAAUAUUAUUUGAAGGAGAAGAUCACCUUUUUUCGAAUGUUUCUUGCUUGAACACGAGAAUUUGGCUACCUGGUCUGUUGUCUGUAAUCUGUAUU